UUAGCAUCUGAAAGACUUAAACACAGGUUUGUUUCUCUUCUGCUCAGAUAAGCGAGAUUGAUACUCAGAAUCUUCUGUCACUCACAAUGUAUCUGAAGAGAAUCCAAUUAAAAUUUCCUAUGCAAGAGGACAGUACAUGUAUGAUGAGGAGGAUAACCAAUAUCUAGAUUGUGUCAAUAAUGUCACCCAUGUUGGUCACUGCCACCCCCAUGUUGUUAAAGUUUGUCAUGAACAGAUGGCCACUCUUAAUACCAACAACCGUUUUUUGUAUGACAUCAUUGUUAAGUAUGCACAAAGGCUGACUGCUACAUUCCCACCUGAAUUGAGCCAAUGUCAUUUUGUAUGCACUGGGUCAGAAGCAAAUGAUCUUGCUCUGCGAAUAGCGAGAGAACACACCGGUGCAGAUGAUAUUGUCAUUGUAGACAGAGCCUAUCAUGGUCAUACCACAGCAUUGAUUGACAUCAGUCCAUACAAGUUCAGAAAACUGGGUGAAAAGGGGAAGAAAGAUUACGUUCAUGUUUCUCCUACUCCUGAUCCAUAUCGUGGGAUAUUCCAAGGAGAAGCCACACCUGAACUGGGGGAGAAGUAUGCCUUAGAAGUCAAGAAACUCAUAGAUCAAGCACACAGAGAUGGAAGAAAGAUUGCAGCAUUUAUCAGUGAAUCAAUGCAAGGUUGUGGAGGUCAGGUGGUCUAUCCUCCAAACUACUUGAAACAAGUCUACAAGUAUGUACGUGAGGCUGGAGGAGUGUGUAUUGCUGAUGAAGUGCAGGUUGGAUUUGGACGAUGUGGUAAACACUUCUGGGCAUUUGAGUCUCAAGGUGUUGUGCCGGACAUUGUUACCUUAGGUAAGCCGAUUGGUAACGGCCAUCCAUUGGCACUUGUUGUUACGAGACCUGAACUUGCAGAAUCAUUUGCUGCCACUGGCAUGUCCUAUUUCAAUACAUAUGGAGGUAACCCAGUAUCAUGUGCAGUUGGCAAUGCAGUCUUGGAUAUCAUUGAAAAUGAGAACCUUCAACAGCAUGCUCUUGAGACUGGUGAUUACUUGAAGAACAAGUUGCUACAACUUCAAACCAAGCACAGGCUUAUUGGAGAAGUGAGGGGAAUGGGGCUUUUCAUUGGAGUGGAGCUAGUGACUGAUAGAACAACAAAACAACCAGCCGCAGAAGAGGCAAGAAGAGUGAUAUACAUGGCAAAAGACAAGUUUGUGCUGCUAUCAGCUGAUGGACCUGACCACAACGUGAUCAAGAUCAAACCUCCAAUGUGCUUCACAAACACAGAUGCUGAUCGAGUGUGUUCAGUUUUAGAUGAGGCACUGAGCGAAAUUGAGGAAAGCCAGGGAAGAAGACUGUGAAGGAGUGGUAGAAAAAGGGCCAAAGAAAGCGAUCAUUUUCUGUUCUAAAAUUUUACACAUUUUUUUGUCAUGGUCUCAAGUCCGAGGGAACUUCUACAGUAGAUAGACGCAUUUUUUAUUUCUGAAUAUGUCGAAUUCUAAGACUUCAACAUGUCCUUUACAGGAUCAGUAUGAGGAAGUCGCUGUACGCCAGAGUUUUGAAAUAUUUUUGUCGAUGUGCACACCGGUUGAGAGACUAGAAUUGACACAACAACUGCUAAAAAUCGAAUCUUAUUUAUAUUUAAUAUACACGCGCGUUUUCUUUUUUAUUCCAUUAAAUUUAGCUGUAGGCCAUGAUAGUUGAAAGUGAAAUUUCAAAGAAAGAACGCCAGGUUUUAUUUUAUGUUUCUUAAAACUCAUUAAUCCCUUACACCCUAAGAUCAGUAUACAUAUAGUUCAUACUGGUCUCUAUACAUUUCCAGCAGUGCUGACGAAGGGAAUUUGCUUAAUAAUCAAGAGAAUCUUCAUUUGGCGAUCACUUCCUUGACUAUCCUGGCCUCAAUAUGUGAUUCAGGGAAGACAUUUUAAUGAGAAAUCAGACAAUAACUACUCUUAGGGGUCAAGGGGUAAAUAAUGCAAUAAAUUGCCUGGCAAAAAGGUCACUUCUCGCUCGAGAUACUGCAAUCUUUUUAAAUAAUGCAAACACUGUCAAUAUGUCAAUAUUUAUUGGGAAGUUUGUAAUUUUUUAUACAUAAAACUGAAUUUAAUGCUUUCGCUCAAUUUUAGUGGAAUGCUUAUGUGUAUUUUAUGUUUUUGGUUGUCCCUUAUUUGAGAGUCUAGAUAAAUACGACAUUUCUAAUAUAAAUGAUUUUAAUUAAUUUAAUUAUGUGGUAAACAGUGAUCAACAUUGUAACAUAUGAGCAAAUAUGAAAAAAAAAAAAAAGCUGCAGUGAAACGGUACAAUAAAAUUGACUUGUUAUUUUCUCAAUGAAAAUAAAUGAACAUUUAAAUACGUUGA